AUGACUUGUAAACAAAUACCGAACCGAUCUGUCACUUGAGUUUGUCGUCAGAGAAUUUAUCAUUAGGAGUCGCAGAUAUCAAUGAAUUUCGGCCGUAGAUACUGACUAAAUAAACGAAGUGAAAGUCAACCGAGAUAAGUUGUGAAGCACCAAAUGCAGACUUGGUCAUCCUUGGAAAUUGAAGUUGAAGUCUAUAAUUGUCAAAAAAAAGUUUAUUUCUUGGUCUUGUUUGGAACCUGUUAGGACUGCUGUCCAUUUUAUUUUUCUAGUGCAUACUAUUCCAAACAGAGGAAAAUCUCUUCAGAUCCUAAAUAGGAUUGAGUAUUGCACCAAGAACAUCCUGUGAUGAUGGAAGCUGAAAAAUCAUCAUCAUUGCUGUUCAUCAAAGAAGAGGAGGAGACUUUGGAGGAGGGUCUAACUGAAAACACAGGGGAAGGCUCUUCAUUUGCAGACCCCUUCUUAGAAGUCAAGGCAGAACCAGAAUUUUUUGACAAUGGUGAAUUUGAUGUGAACUGUUCAUCCCAGUCUAUUAAGUAUGAAGACAGUUCUCCAAGCUGUGAUGACCAAAGUGGAAAGAAGAUCUGUAUUGCAGAAGAAAAUAGAUGUGUGGGUAAAAGAGAUGCAUCUCCAAAGAGAAGCAACACAGCAGGGAAGCAAAUAACUUGUGCUGAAUGCCAAAGGACAUUUUCACAGAUGUGCAACCUGAAAUCACACAUGAGAACUCAUACUGGAGAGAAACCACAUACUUGUUCUACAUGUCAAAGAAGUUUUUCUCAAUCAAGUGAUCUCGCAAAACACACGAGAACUCAUACAGGAGUGAAACCAUAUACUUGUUCUAUAUGUCAAAGAAGUUUUUCUCAAUUAAAUAAUUUGAAAAAUCACAUGAAAAUUCAUACGCGAGAGAAACCAUAUACUUGCUCUGUAUGUCAAAGAAGUUUUUCUCAAUCAAAUUAUUUCAAAGUACACAUGAGAACUCAUACAGGAGAGAAACCGUAUACUUGCUCAACAUGUCAAAGAAGUUUUUCUCAAUUAACUAACUUUAGAAUUCAUAUGAGAACUCAUACGGGAGAAAAACCAUAUACUUGCUCUAUAUGUCAAAAAAGUUUUUCUCAUCAAAGUCAUCUCAAACUACACAUGAGAACUCAUACAGGAGAGAAACCAUAUACUUGCUCCAUAUGUCCAAAAAGUUUUUCUGAUUCAAGUCAUCUCACAAAACACAUGAGAACUCAUACUGGAGAGAAACCGUAUACUUGCUCUAUAUGUCAAAGACGUUUUUCUGAUUCAAGUUCUCUCACAAAACACAUGAGAACUCAUACAGGAGAGAAACCAUAUUCUUGUUCUAUAUGUCAAAAAAGUUUUACGCAAUCAAGUGGUCUCAGAUAUCACAUGACAAUGCAUACAUGAGAAAAACCAUAUACUUGCUCUACAUGUCUAAGAAGUCUUUUGCUUCAAGUGUUCUUACAAAACAUGAAAACUCAUACAGAAGAAAAACCAUGUAGUACCUCCAUAUGUCAAAGAAGUUCUCCUUUUCAAAGUAGUCUCAAAAGACACAUGAGAACUACAGGAGAGAAACCAUUCACUUGCUCAUUAUGUCAAAGAAGUUUUUCUCAACCAAGUCAUCUCAAAAGACACGAGAAUUCGCACUAGACAGAAACUGUAUUACCUGAUCUCUGUCCCAUUAGUUUUUAUUACAUGCUUUUAUUUAACUAGACUUCUGCGUCUGUCUGUCUUCAAAUCUUGCAACUCAAUUUUUGACCUGUUCCCUACAUUGACCUCACCCAGUAUCUCAGGAUUUGUAUGAAACUGGAUUUUCACAACUUCUAUAUAACCCUCCCCUCUUCCUUUCAAAGCACAUGAUCAAGUGUUAAUUUAGCUGUGUCCUCCCCCUCUCCUUCCCACUUUCAUUCCUUACCCCUUCCCCCAUCCCCCCUCCCCCUUCCGGAGCAUGCAGUCAUGUUAAUUUAGCUGUGUCCUCCUCCUCCUCCCUCCUCACUCUUCCCUCCUUCCCCCUCCCCCAUAAAUAGGUAUCAAUAUCAUUAACUACAUAAAUCAGUUACAAUUACUUUCAAAACUUAAAAGUAUAAAGUAAAAUUAUAUUUUAAAAAUUUAAACAUGUUUUAAUUAAAAUAUACCAAAAAUAAAAGAAUUUUUGGAAGCACACCAGGAUUUUCUUGCAAUUAAUCACAUCUACAAAAAUAAAAGCGUGGGCCCAAAGGUGGAAGGAAACGCUACAAGAAAUAAAAAAUAUAUUUCUUGUAGCAUUUCCUUCAGGUUUAGGCCCAUGCUUUUGUUUUUUGGAGACACGAUUCAUUGGAAGAAAAUCCUGGUGUGUUUCCAAAAAUAUUUUAAAAUUUUUAGCGCAUUUUAAAAGCAUGUUUUAAUGUUUUUUUUCGUAAUUCUGAAAUUCUCAAAAGACACACCGGAAGUUCAUUGUAGAGAGAGGGCAGUCUCCAGUCCUAAUGUCAAAAAUAUUGGAAAAUUUCAAGUGUUUUGAGAUGAAUCAUAAAAAUUCAUUAUAUGGGGGUCCCCCAAUUAAAUGUACUUGAUACUAAAAAGGUUUUUAUUAUUCCUCUGCUCUCAAAAACACUAUAGGAACCCAUGUUGGAAAGAAGACAUUUAUGUCUCAUGCAUGGCAAAGGAGAUAUUUUGAAUCAAGGUGUCUCAAAAGUUAUGUGAAAACUCAUACUAGAAAAAGUCAUAUAAGUAAAACCGUCUUAGUGUAAGUAAAAACAUCAAUGAAAAUUAGAUGCAGUUUUAUUUGAUUAAUAUUAUGUUUGUGGUUUUAAUAUUGUACAAAGAAUAUAAUACAGCAUUAGUAAAUCCUAUUGCUUUGCAAUAGCCCACUGGACACAGUGGACUGACUGUAUUACUGUAUUAUUCUGCUUUAGGCUAACCAGUCAGAAGUGUUGCGACAGGGCAUGUUUUGUAAGUGACUAAAUUAAACCUCAUUUUUUAGUGUAUUUCAAUGUAUAAAUUUGAGAAAUAUUGAUAAAAUAUCAAAAUACUUUAUACAUUAAUGAAAUCUUUCAUUUGACCCCAUUAAA